AUGAAUUUUGAUCUUCCAGCGUCGAAUGGGCCGGAGCCGUGCGAAUUUCCGGACAAGCUGAGAAGUGAGAAGCCAUCGUUGAAUGUACUUUCUACCGAUCCGGUAUCCGCGCUUCUCCCAUUAUCAUGGUUGGAAGCAGAAUCUGCCAUUUUAUCUGCCUGGACUGUGCUGUUAAACAGCUACUACAAUCAUAAUCCGGUUUCAUUUCUGAGAUUUGGCGGAAUCGGGACACAUCGGUCCCCUAUUGAGAGUGGCAAGCCGGAAUCCAUUUCCGUUGACCUUCAGUCAGAAUGGAAUGCGGUGGACCUUCAAGGGGUCCUAUCUGAACACGUAUAUAGCCCGUCGCCCUCGGACCAAGGGACUAGUGAUUAUUCAGACCGUUACGCCGUUUGGCUCGUGAACCAGGAGAAUUUACCGGCGUAUGAGUGUGGAGAGGAGAUAAUUCACCUAGAAAAGGCGUCCAAGGCAUGUCUUUUGCUGGUAGCUAAGAGGACUGAACGUGACAAUGUCAUCCUCAAUCUAUAUUCUCAUCGCGAGAGGCCGUGUCAUUUCGAAUUAUCCAAUCUUCUGGAUAGUUUGCGAAAGAUCCUGGACUCACUUGUUUACUAUCCCUUCAAAAUCGUCAAAGAUAUCGAGGUCAUCAGCAACUACGAUCGCUUGCGCCUUCGCGAGUGGAUGGAGGUCGAUCCUCCAAAACCAGAAAACACCAUUCAUGGUCUCGUGAAUCGGCACUAUCGGGAAAGACCGGCGUAUAUUGCCAUAUCUAGUACUUCAGGAGACGUUACAUACGAGGAAUUAGGAAAGCGAUCUGCUGCGAUGGCGCACAAGCUCCUAGACUACGGCGUUGAAGCGGGGGGGAUUGUGGGGUUCUGCUUGGAAAAGUCCGCCUUGUCGCUGAUAGUACUCCUGGCUAUUUUACGAGCGGGCGCGGGCUAUGUCCCCAUCGCAACUUCCAAUCCCGUGGAUCGCAUUGAAUACAUCACACGGAAGGCUGAAAUUCAAGUGUUGGUGGUGGAAGGCGUCUUCCUCGAGAGAAUGAAAGACCACACCGGCCUUCACGAAGUUCAAAUAAUAACCGCCUCAUCUCUGGAAGAAUUGGAGGUCCCUUCCAAUGGAUGGACUCAGGAGCUUAACAUGGAUCCUGCGCAACUGGUUUAUAUAAUGUUCACGUCUGGCAGCACAGGGCAGCCAAAAGGAGUCGUGCAUAAGCACGGUGCAGUGUCUGGAGGAUUGCAGGCCGUCGUCCAGAGAUUUGGACUGAGUUCCUCCACGAGGUUCCUGCAGUUCGCCUCAUUCUCUUUUGAUGCUAGCAUAUGUGAGUUAUUCGCACCGUGGGUUGCUGGAGGCACUGUCUGCAUACCCUCGGAAGAGGAGCGUAUUGGGGACCUUGAGGGGGUCAUGCAUAAACUCAACGUGACUGACGCGUCUUUGACUCCCUCCAUUGCGACAUUCUUAAAACCACAAGCCCUACCAACCUUGAAGCAUUUGUACAUUGGGGGUGAAGCCCCCACCGCUGCGAUCUUGAACAUUUGGGCUGAUAAGGUCAGACUGAGCAAUAUCUACGGACUCACUGAAGGAGGAGUCUGGGAUACAGUCGAAUUGCACCUGGGGUCUAUGGACAACCCAAAAACAAUUGGGCGCGGUAUUGGUGCAAGAUGUUGGAUUGUCGAUCCAGGCAAUAUUCACAGAUUGCAACCGAUUGGAGUGGAGGGUGAGGUGCUUCUUCAGAGUCCCUACCUCGCACAUAAAUACCUGGACGAUGGCGCGCAAAGCAGCAAAGCUUUCAUUUCACUACCGGAAUCACUUUCAACCCUCACCGAAGCGUUUCCAGCGCGCUGUUACCAAACGGGAGAUCUGGCUCGGUGGCAGCCUAAUGGGAGAAUAAUCUUCACUGGUCGUCGGGCUGGGUUCGUCAAGAUCCGCGGGUUACGUGUUGAGCUUGGUGAGAUUGAAAUGGUAAUUCUUGGCUGCCUCUCUGGCUGUGAACAGGUUGCAGUAGUUCUAGCCGGUGACAAAAACGCCAAUAAUAGCCUGGAGCUGGUGGCUUUUAUAGAACAAAAGGAUGAGCGAUAUUCGUCCUUAGCAGACCAGAUGACCGCAGACCUACAAAAGAUCUUGCCGUCAUACAUGGUUCCCAGUGCCUUUGUCUCUGUCCAAUCCAUGCCGCUGACUGAGUCCAAAAAGAUUCAUCGGCAACAGUUGAUUGCAGAUUGGGCAAGUAUGACACCAUCCGAGACCAUGGCGCUUCGGCCGGGAGGCACUCUUAGCCAUACAUGGUCCCGAAUCGAUCCUGCUAACUCGCGGGCGAUUGAAGUCAGCAACAUUAUUGCAGACCUUGUGGAAACAAAACAGCCAUCGUCUGGGGAAAGCUUACGCGGCUGGGACUUUACUUUGGCCAGUGUGGGUUUGGACUCCAUCCGAACUGCAUAUCUUUCCGGGGAAAUCCGCCGGCGUUUGGGUGUGGCCACUCAGAUUCAGGAACUACAACAGCCUGGGAUCACAGUGUGUCAGAUUGGUCAACGACUCUCCAGGAGGGCGAGUUGUGAAUCAGAUGGCUGCCCAGGCGCCAGCACCCCAACAAACCUCCUCGGUGAAUUGAAUUUGAUCAAUGUUCCAAUGCCAAUCCAUGCUCAAAAACCGAAGACUAUCUUUGCAACAUCAAUAACCGGAUUCCUAGGCAGCCAGGUGCUUCGGGUAUUGCUGGAGGACCCCAGGGUGGGCCACAUUGUGGGCUUAGUGCGUUCGGGUAGUGAAGAGGAUGCCCGAGACAAGUUACGAUCUCAUGCUGAACUUGGUCAGUGGUGGCGUGAUGAGUUUGACACUCAAAUUGAGGUAUGGCUUGGGGAUUUGAGUCUCCCCAGGCUGGGGCUUGAUGAUGCACAUUGGGCGGACCUCACGGGUCGGAUGCGCAUCCAUGGAAUCAUCCACAACGGUGCCCGAGUCAACUGGCUGGAUGAUUUCUCAAUGCUAAAGGCCACAAACGUUAACAGCACCCGCACUAUCCUGGAGGCCCUGUCCGUUAUGCCAAAACCGUGUCCAUUCACAUACGUGAGUGGGGGGUAUCUGCCAUCGCCAACAGAAACUCCAGAGCAAACAUUAAGUAAUCUCGCCAAUGCAUGUGGGUAUGAUCAAACCAAAUUUCUGUCACGGAUGAUGGUGGAGAAAUACAAUCUCCAGCUUGAGAAAGGGUCAAACUCGUCGGUGCCACCGGCACGAGUGGUACAACCGGGAUAUUUGGCAGGCACGAGAUGGGAAGGAAUUGCCCAUCCUGAAGACUUUCUGUGGCGCCUGGCUUACAGUAUUCUGUCUCUCAGAGCUGUGAGCGAUUCUCUGCAGAAAGUACAUAUUCCGGUUGCAGGGGUUGAACAAAUAGCUUCCCUUGUGGUAGAAAGUGCUCUUAAUCCAAAUGGUGAACAAGUAGUGGAUUGCCAUGAUGGGGUGUCGAUUGGGACCUUGUGCAGGAUUCUCAGCCGUCGCAGUGGUCGAAUCAUCAAGCCCAUGGGCCACGACGAGUGGAUGACAGCGUUAAGGCUUGAAGUUGAGAACAAUGCCUUGGAUCACCCUUUCUUACCCGUGUUGCAUUGGCUUGAAGCAAAUAUGGGGCAAUUCACACGCCCUCCUCCGGUAUUAAGGCCGACUGCAUUCGAUCAAAGAGAUACCAUUGCAGCGCUGGAUAAAAGUUCACAGUACUUGCUCGAUAUCGGUUUUCUUCCAAGUGGAGAUGGUGGCUGUCAGCUUGUUGACCGGCGCAAUAUCCCUCGGUUUCAACGAUCUAAAUGUAUGGGCAGUGCGCAGCGCCGUAGGUGA